AUGAAUAAGCUGCGUGUAUUGCGGAGUUCGAAUAUUUUUCUGAUUCUUUCGGGUUACCAGAUGCACUGGUUCGAUACCAGAUUGCAAAGCUACAGAAUUUCACUAGCAGGAGCAGUAAAUGUCUUCAUCCUUGCCUGCAUCUAUGCAGGAUGUUUUGCGCAACAUUUUCAACCAUCGGCAAUGUUGAAGACGUUGCAUGACGUGUCUCCAUUUCUUUAUGGAUUAACUCGAAUGCAUCUCCUUUUGAGUGUCAAGGUGUUCAGCUACGCCAUCUACGCCUCUGUAAGGACUGUAGGAGUGGUCAAUUCCUACACUGAAACAUUGCCUACGAGGGCAACAAGGGAACGUGGCGACUUUAAGGAGGAAUUGAUUGCCCAUGGAUUGAUUUACUCUACACAUCUGGUGCUCUUCUGCUUCGCCCUCUACAUUGGCUAUGAAAUGCAUUUCAAGUUGCCGCCUCUACAGGAUGCCAUGAUAGGAUUUGCACUCUUCCUGCCACAUCUUGUGCUAGCCGGAGCCUUGAGAUUCUAUUGCAUUCUCGCCUGGAUAACACGAAGUCGUCUCAGGCAACUGAGCUCGGAGAUGGAGGAGCUCUUGAAUGCCAAUAAAAUCAAGACCGAAAUGCACCCAAUGACAGGAAUUACUGUGGCAGUUGAAACUGCUGCCACGCCUACUACGCCUUCGACGGAGGAUAACUUUCGCAGCCAGUGUCAGCAGCUGCAACAACUUGCGGCACGUUUCGGUGCCAUUUUCGGCAGCUUGCAACACUCGCUGUUGCUGCUACUCGGCGUCAAUGGCAACUGUCUGCUGUUUGGCAUUUAUGCCUUUACCUACUACAGUAGUACCUGGCAUGUGCUCUUCGAGCAGCGCAAGCGACGCAUUUUCUAUGCCGGCAAUGUCUUAAUUUAUGCCUGCAUUGCCUGUGAUUACAUUUGCCUCUUAAUCUCACAAACUUCCCUCGAGCAACAGCGCCUGGAAUUUUUGUCAAAACUGAACUCUGCGUUGCAGCAAAGGACUUUACUUACGAAAAGAAUGCGUUCCACUGUCAAGGAUAUGCGCUCGAUUUUAUGGCAUCAUUUUCACUUUAAAUUUCUCUCAGUGUGGCGCUUUGAUCUGGCUAAUUUCUCACUGUUGCAAAUGCUACAGUUUUUCGUCAUAGCGAUCAUUGUGAUUUACCAUUAUCUAAAUGAUGCUAUUCAAGUUAUAAAUGAUAAUCUGGACAGCAGCAACGAUGAAUAA